ACACCGAUGACAAAGGCCUGGACGAAAUUCAUCGACUGAAUAACGUAUUUUAAUGUUCGAAACUGAUGUCUUUCAGUUCAAGUAGUGCUGUGUGAUGAUGAUGCAUUUACGGGGCGUUUUUCAAAGCUACGGCUUUGUCUUUUUCUUUGUUGUGGUGCGCUACGCACACGGAGACCUGAGCUAUUCCGUACAGGAGGAGCUCAAACGCGGAUCUGUUAUCGGAAAUAUCGCCAAAGAUCUCGGACUGGAGGUGGGCAGACUGUCUGCUCGCAAAGCUCGUGUUGACAUGGAAGAAAACGAGAUCGAAUAUAUCGGAAUUAACCUUCGAAGCGGGGAUUUAGUGGUUGCGGAGAGAAUCGACCGAGAGGAGCAUUGUGGAGAAAAGCCUUCAUGUGUUCUCAAAUUCGAGUUGCUGUUAGAGAAUCCAUUGGAGCUGCACCGGUUGUCUAUGCAGGUGCAGGAUGUAAACGACAAUGCACCAAUUUUCCCGAAGGAUGUUAUUAAACUGGAAAUUAGAGAGUCAGCUGACAAAGGAGCUAGGUAUCGUAUUAAUGCAGCGCAAGAUGGAGAUAUAGGCAAGAACUCCGUUGAAAGCUACAUUUUGGAACAAAACCCUCAUUUUGUGUUCAGUAUUCAGACGACAAGUGCUGGCAGUACAUAUGGUGAGCUGGUUUUAGAUAAAGAAUUGGACCGAGAGGAGCAGCAGGAAAUGAAAUUGUUACUGACAGCUGUAGAUGGAGGCUCUCCUCAGAGAUCCGGGACAGUAGUCAUACACGUCAUUGUCCUGGAUGCUAAUGAUAACGCCCCAGUGUUCACUGAGGCCGUAUAUACAGCCACCUUACCAGAAAACUCACCUAUGAAAACUGCAGUUAUCACUGUGAGGGCAUCGGAUGCAGAUGAAGGUGUUAAUGGAGAGGUUACAUAUGAAUUUAGCCGACUCUCUGACAAAUCACAAAAGCUUUUUUCACUCGAUGAGAAAACUGGAGAGAUCAGUGUGUCAGGUGACAUAGAUUAUGAAGAAGGACGCAAAUAUGAAGUCUUUGUUGAGGCCAAAGAUGGUUAUGGUCUCUCUUCCGACGCAAAGGUGAUUAUUGACAUCACUGACGUGAAUGACAAUGCACCUGUUAUACACUUGAAGUCACUGACUAACCCCAUACCUGAGAACGUGCCACCUGGUACAGAGGUGGGCAUCAUUAACGUGCAGGACAGAGACUCAGAGAGUAACAGACAGGUCCGCUGCUCCAUUCAGCAAGGAGCCCCUUUUAAGUUGGUUCCUUCUAUUAAAAACUAUUAUUCUCUGGUGACCACAGGACAACUGGACCGUGAACUAGUGUCUGAUUACAACAUCACAAUCACUGCCACUGACGAGGGCUCUCCACCUCUGUCCUCCUCUAAAAGUGUUCAGUUAUCUGUAGCAGACAUCAACGACAACCCACCUGUGUUUGAGGACCAGUCGUACAGCGCGUAUGUGAGUGAAAAUAACAAACCCGGCUCCACUUUAUGUUCCGUUACUGCUCGAGACCCCGACUGGAGACAAAACGGUACAGUGAUUUAUUCUGUGUUACCCGGUGAGGUGAACGGUGCCCCGGUGUCCUCCUAUGUGUCUGUUAACGGAGACACGGGGGUGAUCCACGCUGUGAGGUCGUUUGAUUAUGAACAGUUGAGGAGUUUUAAAGUGCAGGUGAUGGCCAGAGACAACGGUUCUCCUCCUCUCAGCAGCAACGUGACCGUCAGUGUGUUCGUAUCGGAUGUGAACGACAACUCUCCUCAGAUACUGUACCCCGCCCCGGAGGGCAACUCCUUCAUGACCGAGCUGGUCCCCAAAGCUGCACACGGAGGCUCACUGGUGUCCAAAGUGAUCGCGGUGGACGCGGACUCCGGACAGAACGCCUGGCUGUCCUAUGAAAUAGUGAAAUCCACCGAUCCGGGACUUUUCACUAUCGGUGUCCACAGCGGAGAGAUCAGGACACAGCGGGACAUUUCUGAAUCUGACAGCAUGAAACAGAACCUUAUUGUGGCAGUGAAAGAUAACGGACAGCCCUCUCUGUCUGCCACCUGUUCCAUGUAUUUACUUAUUUCUGAUAACUUGGCUGAGGUGCCAGAACUGAAGGACAUUUCUUAUGAUGAGAAGAAUUCCAAACUGACCUCUUAUCUGAUCAUCGCGCUGGUGUCUGUGUCCACCUUUUUCCUGACCUUCAUCAUCAUCAUCCUGGGUGUGAGGUUUUGUCGCAGGAGAAAGCCCAGACUGUUGUUUGAUGGAGCAGUCGCCAUCCCCAGCGCUUAUCUCCCUCCUAAUUACGCAGAUGUUGACGGCACAGGAACUUUACGCAGCGCUUACAACUAUGACGCAUAUCUGACAACAGGAUCUAGAACCAGCGACUUUAAGUUUGUGACAUCUUACAAUGACAACACACUGCCUGCUGACCAGACUCUGAGGAAAAGUCCAUCAGACUUUGCAGAUGUGUUUGGAGACUCUGAUGGUUCUCCUGAGGUAGGACCACUUCAUGUCUAUCCAGUUGAAUUGUUCAACAGAUAAUUCUGUGGUGUUUCCUAACUGUUUACCAUGAGUGACUUACAGUUUUGGGCAGUUUAGCAUGUGUGAUAUCGAUAUUGGUUGUCUGUUUAGUUGAAUAUUUACUCAUCAUUUGCUUGAGGUAGGACUGUAGUAAAUCCUUUUCACCUGUUUUCAAUCAGUUCUUGGUCCAGAUUUUUAACAUUUUCCCACGCUGUUUACAUUUAAUUGCAUUGUGUUUACAUUUUUUGCACCCCAUGUUCAUGAACACAUUCUGAUUACUUAUGCUGAAACAUACAGGAUUAUCUGUAUAUUUUUCCCCUUUGGUCUUCCGCUCAUGUAGUUUUUGAUCCUCAGUGCUUUUAUUUUGGUCCCUCUUUCCCAAACUCCUCCACUGAAACUUCAACUGUAGAGCAUAUAUUUCAUGUUUUAUACAUUUUUUUUUUUUUACUGUUCAUGUUUUUUUUGUCAAUCAUGUGAUAAGUCACGGAAAAGCCUGCAAAUAAGGCACAUCAUCUCUUUGUCCCUUUGCGUUGCUUUGUCUACCCAGCACUGGUGUGUUCACCUCUGUGUCUUCAGUAGAGUUGAUGAAGCUGCAAGAUGUGCUUUGUGUCUCUGUCCUUGGUACUGAACCUCGCUGUUGCUCUGCUGAUGCAUUUUCAAGGACAUCUUACUGUCCUGUCUAUUUCAUUUACACCAUUUAGAAAUGUAAAC